AUGGAUAUGGUUACCCGCCCGCGGCUAUGGGAAAGCGAUAACGAAUGGCCAAUUUUCUACCGAGUCAACGACAACUACUCAAAAUUUCCCUGUUUAUCGCGUCAGCAGCCCCGACCGAACUUCCACCUGCAAGGAUUGAAAGCCGGCCGAGUUAUAUUUACGGCUGAGAACUGCAAGAUCGAUAUCUAUCUCAGCCAGAGCAAUGCAGAGGAUGCCAUUCAGAAACAAACACACGCCCUCCAAAGCUGGCCAAAAGCUGACGAAGAACCCAUCCCCUUGUUCCCUCGUGGUGUGAUACUGGCUGCUCUUGAAUCGAAGUACAAGGCAAUGCUUACUGGAAAUAUCGAUGACGAUCAGGCUGUGACGACUGGCGACGGAAGUGAUUGGAAGACUUUCUUCAAUCAGAACUGA